AUGGGGUAUCUGCCGGCGCUGGGCGGGAAGGCGGCGCACCUGGUGUCCGACCUCGCCACCGUCAUCCUCAACCCCGUCUCCGAGCGCGAGCGCCAGCGACACCACCCCUCCCACCUCCCGGAGGUCACUGAAGGAAAAGACACACUAUUUGGUGAUGAUGAUUCUGACCAAAAUUCUGAGACUCCUGAAGGUCCUGACACAUCUUCCUUCAGAGCAUUUCUGAUGUCCUUUGUGCCUUCCUCAACUGCCAGCAAGGAUCCAAUGGAGACCACAACUGAGCAUAAUCUAAAUGUGGAAUACCCAACUUUAACACCUGUUGGGAAGGCAUGCAGUGGGAGGAAAGGCCUGCUUAGUAGAGGGAAGCAUUCCAUUGGUAGGAUUAUUAGCAAAGCAGGACUUGGUAAUUUGAGACAGAAACAGACCCACAGCAUUGAUGGUGAAAUCAUAGGUCAAACAGAAUCAGUUGCACCCAGAUUUGAAAUGAAGGGAUCAAAAGAAUCAACUUUGCAUGAUAAAUUGCCAGCUAUGUCUGAACCAUCUGUUCUUCUGACAGAAAUGAUGCGAGCUGUUCUUUAUACAUCUCUUCCUGUUCUUGUUCAAGGAAGGAACUGGAUGCUGGUAUACAGCACCUGGAGGCACGGAAUAUCUUUGUCUACUCUGUAUCGAAGAAGCAGGCUUUGUGCUGGCUACUCACUUCUGAUAGUCGGGGAUCGAAGAGGAGCAGUUUUUGGUGGUUUGGUCGAGGCCCCACUGCAGCCUAUCAUAAAAAGGAAGUAUCAGGGAACUAAUGAUUGCUUUGUGUUCACCAACGUAGAUGGCCGUCCUGUUAUAUGCCAUCCAACAGGUGCUAACAACUAUUUUACAUUUUGCUCUACCGAUUAUUUGGCAAUGGGAGGUGGUGGUCACUUCGCACUUUAUCUCGAUGGAGACCUUUUGACUGGUUCUAGCUCCAUCUCCGAGACUUUUAACAACCCAUGCUUAUCCCGUACCCAGGAAUUCAAAAUCAAAGAUGUCGAGCUUUGGGGUUUCGUCAAUGCUUCCAAGUAUGAAGAGGUGCUCACGAUCUGCCGCACCGAAAAGCAAGGAAUUUGGAAUCUGUGA